CCUUUCUCCUGCCUCUGAAAUCAAGAUGACCAAGAAGAGAAGGAAUAACGGACGUGCUAAGAAGGGACGUGGACAUGUCCAGCCCAUCCGCUGCACUAACUGUGCCCGUUGUGUCCCUAAGGACAAGGCCAUCAAGAAGUUUGUCAUCAGAAACAUUGUAGAGGCAGCUGCAGUCAGAGACAUCUCAGAGGCCAGCGUUUUUGACGCAUAUGUGUUGCCCAAGCUGUAUGUGAAGCUGCACUACUGUGUGAGCUGUGCCAUUCACAGCAAAGUAGUGAGAAACCGCUCACGUGAUGCCCGAAAGGACCGCACCCCACCUCCACGGUUCAGGCCCAGUGGUGCUGCCCCAAGAGCUCCACCGAAGCCCAUGUGAUAUGGAUUAAUUUAACAUUUUUGUGUUAAAAAUAAAAAAAAAAAAUAAAGAGAUUUGGUGGAACAAAAA